AUGUAUACAUGUACACUUUGUAAAACUCCACACGAGUUAGAUUUUCUGCGAGACCAGCAAAUUUCCUUCAUUGCAUGUGGACAGAACCAUUCAGUGUUUCACUCAUUGAAUGGUAAGGUCUUUACCCUUUCGAAGAAUUCAGUAGACACUAUUGAUAGCAGGUUAGAAGGGCAUGCAGAACUAGAAGACAGAAAGAUAAUAUGUGGAAGAUGGUACACUUUGGCCUUUAUACCUUCCAGCAAUAAUCUUUAUAUAUUUGGGCCAAAAUCAUUAGACGACACCAAUUUCACAUUGGUGGAGGUCAAAUCAUUGUCAGAACAUUUCUCUGGUGAUACUUUGGAUGCUAACGGAAGAUCUUUAUUCACCAACAUAUACUGUGGUGGACCUACCUGUUAUUUUAUCACCUCAGAGGCUAACCAGAUGGGCAAUAACAAUCCUAAUACACAGGAUGAACAUUUUUCAGAACAAGUGAUUUAUCAACUAGAUACAAAAUCAAUAUCGGAACUUUCAGCCAUAUCACAUUUAUCAGUUGUUCCAGACAAUAUUGAAAAAGCCAUCCAGAAUUUGUUUUCAUCAUCGGCCUGUUUGAAUGCAUCAUUCCUUAGAAGUGAACAUUAUUGCUGCAAUGAAGAGAACUCAGGACUUAAUCUUGUUAGUGCUAGGAAAACCUUCAAAAGAAUUUCCCGAAAACAUAACAUCUUAUCAGAGAUUUCUAAAGUAAUACAUACACAACUAAGUCCAACUCUAUUGAAAUCGCCUCCUGGUAUAGAAGCGCUUCGACUUUACUUGUUACUACUGGAAUUUCCCACAAUGCAAUUCCCUGAAUUGUACCUUCAAUCUAUCAUUAGCAUCACUAAAGCAUUGUGUAAUCUUUCGCCUGAGAUGUCAAAAGUCAUUGAUACGUGGAUUGGAAAUCUCCUGCCUGGUCGUUUCAAACAUCUAAUAAUUACCUUCAAAAAUGUGGUUGUACAUUUGUUGUCCGAACAACGAAACAGACCCGUGUUCACACUUGAAUGGAACAUAACAAUUGCCCUGGACAUGCUUAAGAAACUCAACAAGAUCUUUGAAGAGAAAGAAGAGAGUAUCGAACAUGUUUCGUACACAUCGUUUUAUAUUCCUGAGGUCAAUUUACUCUGGGAAGGGUCAACACUUCCACCUACAUCGGUUAAGCUACUAAAACAGUUCCUGGAGAAGUAUCCAUUUAUUCUGGAGAAUACAGUAAAGAUGCAUCUUAUCCUAAUUGACAGCCAAGAACAGAAAAUGAGGGCAGUGAAUGAAGAAUCGUUCUUUUGGAGGAUGUUGCAAGGAAUCGGGUGCAACAUGUUCAUGAUAAACCCUCCAUUGCGAUGUUAUUUUUUUCCAUUGUCGUUGACCAUUGAUAGACAAGACAUUGUAGAUAGCACUCUGAGGCAACUAAACAGGCAUUCGGAAAGAGAUUACAAGAAACCAUUGCGGGUGAUCUUUAAAGAUGAACUAGGAAUAGAUGAUGGUGGUCCUCACAAGGAGUUCUUUCAAGAGGUAUUCAAAAAGAUUUUUGAUCCACAAUUUGGGAUGUUCAAGGAAUUUAGUACAGGAACAGUUUGGUUCAACCCUCAGUCUCCUAAGGAUUGGUCAAUGUUUCGAAUGGUUGGUUUACUCUGUGGAUUAGCAAUCUACAAUCAAGUUAUUGUGAACCUACCCUUCCCCCUAGCACUUUACAAAAAGCUGCUUGAAAGGCCAGUGUAUCUGACAGACAUGAAGGAAUUGGAUAAAGGAAUGGCAAAGUGCUUAAAAGCUAUCUUAGAUUAUGAUGACUACGAUCUACAGGAUGCAUUCAACAUGUACUUUCAAGUAUCCACAGAAUUCCGUGGAGAGGUGAAUACUUUUGACCUCAAGGAAGGGGGUAAAGACAUUCCUUUAAACUAUGACAACAAACAGGAGUAUGUUGAUCUGUAUAUUGACUGUAUCUUCAAUGAAUCAGUGAAGGAUCAAUAUAGUGCUUUUGCAGAGGGGUUCUUACAGGUCUGUGGUGGACCAGUACUACAGAAGUUCCAUCCUCAGGAACUUAAGACUAUGGUUGUUGGCAAUGACCUUUAUGAUUGGAAAGAAUUUGAACGUUCUUUGUGCUCGGCGUGUGGGGGCCCCAAACCGAGUGUUAAGCUCGACCGGCUCUCAGGGUGCCGGUUGUGUCGCUCGUGUAGCAAGGCUGAGCCUUGCAAGAUUUGUGCGUGCUGGCCCCCGACUAAGUUUGCGGCGGCUCUGGAUUGGGCAGCUCAGGCUGCCACUCGAUCUCAGGGUUCGCUGCCGGCUGCGUCGGGGAUUGUAGCGGCGCCGGAUGACUCGCCUCCACCGCUGGAGGAUUUGUCGGCUUCGCGUUCGGCGGGUCCUUCCCCUCCGCUGGAUCCGGCGCUGGUUUCGUUGAUUUCGGAGCAGGUGGGCCGGGUGGCUCGGGAGGUUUUCGCCGGAAUGCGGGCCGCUUCGGCGGUUCCGGAUCCUGCCCCGCCUGUCCCUGGGGAUGGGUUCCGGGUGGCCGGCGAGUCGCCUAUGGACGAAUCGUCCAAGCAUCUUGAGUCGGAAUCUGAGGACAUUGUCCUCGGCUCCGAUCUCUCCAUCCUUGAUCAUUUGGGGGUCUCUUUUUACACUCCGUGCCGGGGUGGUUUGGGGGCGGGUCUGUGUGGGCCGCCGGCUCCUGCGCGUCCCGCCCACCCAGUCCCGGUUGUGGGACUCCACCCGGACCUCAUCCUUUGCCUGAAUUCCCAAGCGAAAUCCAAGCCAGUUGCUGCGCCACGGCGUCUUACGGCUGGUUUUCCGGUCCCCGAGGACCAGUACAAGCAGUUCAUUCAGGUGCCGCCCAUUCCUCGCGCUGCCAAGGGCAGACUGCGGGAGGAUCAGAAGCUCUCUUCUACUUCUAAGGUUUUGUUUUCUAACAAAGCUCAGGGUGCAGCUGAGGAGGCUUUGGCCUUUGUGGACCGCACGGCUCGGGAGGGCAUAUGCUCAGUGAAUGGGGCGGGGUUUGCUUUGUCCUUCUUGUCUGAUGCUGACGCUAACCCAACUCUCGCCCCGGUCUCGUCCCGGACGCCAUUGGCCUCCUUCGGGCGGGCAUUGGCCUUAUUCCGGACCAGUUCCAUCGCCCAGGCUGCCGGCACGGCCCGGAGGGCUAAUGUGCUCCGGGCGACGACGGUCAGCCCUGGUCACUUUGACCGGUUUUUAGACUGCCCUUCUUUUGGGGCAGAGGACCUCUUCUUUUGCCAGUUCGCGGCCAAAGAAGAGGCUUGGGCUAGGGAGUUGGAAGCGUGGCGUCAGACUAGGGCUAAGUUCCCUGGGCUGGGCGUUCUCGAGGCCGCCACAUCAGCCCCAGCAGAAACAGCCUCUGUUCAUCGCAGCCCGCAGCCGCUGUCCCUCCUGCUCCUGCUCCUUACUAUCAUGCCAGUGUAUCUGACAGACAUGAAGGAAUUGGAUAAAGGAAUGGCAAAGUGCUUAAAAGCUAUCUUAGAUUAUGAUGCCUACGAUCUACAGGAUGCAUUCAACAUGUACUUUCAAGUAUCCACAGAAUUCCGUGGAGAGGUGGACACUUUUGACCUCAAGGAAGGGGGUAAAGACAUUCCUUUAAACUAUGACAACAAACAGGAGUAUGUUGAUCUGUAUAUUGACUGUAUCUUCAAUGAAUCAGUGAAGGAUCAAUAUAGUGCUUUUGCAGAGGGGUUCUUACAGGUCUGUGGUGGACCAGUACUACAGAAGUUCCAUCCUCAGGAACUUAAGACUAUGGUUGUUGGCAAUGACAUUUAUGAUUGGAAAGAAUUUGAACGUUUGGUUGUAUACAGAGACAUCUUCAGCAAGAAACAUAAAACUAUCAAAUUUUUCUGGCAAGUUUUCCAUGAUUUCACAUUGCAAGAAAAGAAGAAGUUUCUAGCAUUUUUAACAGGUAGUGAUCGGAUCCCUGUGCAGGGCAUGUCUCGGCUAAAAAUGAUAAUUCGGCCAGUAUUUGAAAGCACUGACUAUCUACCAACUGCUCAAACCUGCUUCAACAUCUUUGAAUUACCUUUGUACAAAAGCAAAGAAAAAAUGAGGGAGAAGUUGUUAAAGAUGUUAGAGCACGGUAAAGGAUUUGGGCUUCAGUAAUUUGCAGUAUUCUGACAUGACAACUGGGAUCCAUGCAAGAUUCUCGCAUUCUAUAAUAUCAAAAACAUAACCAUCAAAGGAAGACCAUACCAACUGAAAAGGGACAAUGACUGCUUUUUGCAAAUUAUGCCGCAUCACCCAGAGAGUUUAGAUUGGGUAAUCACAGCAAUUGUCCAGCAUUUAGGCAAGACUUGACCUGAUCAGGGAA